AUGAGCGGGGUGCUGUCAGGGGUAACCACAUCUGUCAACCAGUCUUGGCCAAUAAAGAGCGGAGCGAGGCGGACCACAGGUGCGCGCCUCUGCGUCCCCUUGGCACAGCGCCCGGGAGAUGCUGGAGAGAGACGCCUCGCUGCCCCGUGGCGCAAAAGAGUUCCCGUCAAGGCAGCCACUCUGGCUCCGGGAGCGAUGGCGACCGCAGCGUCCAACCACUACAGCGUGCUGAGCCCCCCCAGCAGCGCGCCGCCGCCGCCUCCGCACGCGGACUCCGGGAGCAUGCAGCAGGCGGCAGUGUACAGGGACGCGCACAGCCUGCUCCAGAACGACUACGGCACGUUGGCGGGCGGUGGGCAUCCGCUCAGCCACGCGCACCAGUGGAUCGCGGCGCUGUCUCACGGUGACAGCGGGACGCCGUGGCCUUCCAGCCCCCUCGGAGAGCAGGACGUGAAGCCCAUCCUGCAUGACAGUGACCGAGAGGAGCUGCAGAACUCCAGCAGCCUGCAGCAGCAGCGACACCCCCACCUGACGCACCCGCAGCAGCAGGCGCAUCACGACGCCAGAGCAUGGCGAACCAGCACCGCCAUGGCGACGUCUGAGGGCCAGAGCCUGGUCUACUCCCAGUCCGGCUUCACCCUGAUGCCGGCGGGGGAGCAAGGAGGAGGAGGAGGAGCAGCAGGAGGAGGGAUGCACCACCACCCCCUGCGGGACGAGGACCACCACAGCCACAGCCCGCACCUCAGCGAGCACGGGGCCCACCAGCAGUCCAUCUCCCACCACCACCACCAGCAGCAGCAGCAGCACGGGGGCCAGCAGGACCAGUCGGACGAGGACACGCCGACCUCGGACGAGUUGGAGCAGUUCGCCAAGCAGUUCAAGCAGAGGCGCAUCAAGCUGGGCUUCACGCAGGCGGACGUGGGCCUGGCCCUCGGGACCCUGUACGGGAACGUGUUCUCGCAGACCACCAUCUGCAGGUUCGAGGCGCUGCAGCUCAGCUUCAAGAACAUGUGCAAGCUCAAGCCGCUGCUGAACAAGUGGCUGGAGGAGGCGGACUCCACCUCGGGGAGCCCCACCAGCCUGGAUAAGAUCGCGGCGCAGGGCAGGAAGAGGAAAAAGAGGACCUCCAUCGAGGUGGGCGUGAAGGGGGCUCUGGAGAGCCAUUUCCUCAAGUGUCCAAAACCCGGAGCGGCGGAGAUCAACUCGCUGGCGGACAGCCUGCAGCUGGAGAAGGAGGUGGUCCGGGUCUGGUUCUGUAACCGGCGGCAGAAGGAGAAGAGGAUGACGCCCGUCGGGGGGCAGAUGGCGGGAGGAGGAGAGGACAUGUACGGGGACACCCCCCCUCACCACGGAGGACAGACUCCCGUGCAGUGA